AAACAAAACCGUGGCAACCUGCUAUUCCAGCCGGCAAAUUUCAUUUCAGUUUUUGGAGCCCAAAACUAAACCGAAUUCAAAACCUGUUCCCUCUAUCCAUCCACUUCAGUCUAGAAUGAGCGAGAGUGAAUCCAUAUUAUUCAAAACAUCAUAAACCAUAAAACCAACAAUGCUCCACGAGCUCUUACUCGCACUCUUGGGCUACACCGGCGAUCUCAUCAUCCACAACUCCAACUCCGACGACCGCCCUUUCAAGCUCGCCUCCGAUAUCUCCUUCAUUCAACCCAGCGAUCGGGAUCUAAUUGAGAGGAUAAUUACCUUAGGGUUUUACUACAGAGAGCUUGAUCGUUUCGCUACCGAGUCUCGGAAUUUAAGCUGGAUAAGAUCUGCCAAAAAUGAGUCUCCUUUGGACCUCUCUUCCUCGAAGAAUCCCGCUAGCGUGUACCGUAGAGCCAUUGCUAAUGGCGUCGUGGAAAUACUUUCAGUGUACAGGUCCGCCGUGCUCCACAUUGAGCAGAAACUGUUGGCCGAAACUGUCCCUAUCUUGGCUACUGUCACUCAAGGCCUCAAUAAGUUUUUUGUUCUUUUGCCGCCUUUGUAUGAGCUGAUUUUGGAAAUUGAGCGUGAUAAUAUUCGUGGAGGUCAGCUUCUUAACCUGUUACACAAGCGGUGCCACUGUGGAGUGCCUGAGUUGCAGACUUGCAUUCAGAGACUUCUUUGGCAUGGGCAUCAGGUCAUGUAUAACCAACUUGCUUCGUGGAUGGUUUAUGGGAUUCUUCAAGACCAGCAUGGAGAGUUUUUCAUUCGGAGGCAGGAGGAUACAGAUGUAGAGCAUGGCUCAUCUCUUCCUGACAUACCUGAGAAGUUGGCUCGCUUAUCAACUGAUGAUACAUCUUUGACAGAUUGGCACUUGGGAUUUCAUAUUUCUUUGGAUAUGCUGCCUGAGUACAUCCACAUGCGUGUUGCAGAAUCAAUUCUUUUUGCUGGCAAAGCCAUCAGGGUUCUUCGAAAUCCAAGCCCCUCCUUUCGGUGUGAGGAUGCUUUAUAUCAUCAGCAGAUGCCAAGAGGCUCUCAGAAGCUUCAGGGAUUAACAGGCCGCUUUUCUUUUCAAAAAGAGCCUCUCAUGGAUGCUAAACUGAUGGGAGAAGAAUUACUUCCACAAACUGAGGCAGAUAAGAUUGAAGCUAUGCUUCUAGAUCUAAAGGAAUCAUCUGAGUUUCAUAAAAGAUCAUUUGAGUCUGCUGUUGACUCUAUUCGGGCUAUUGCCGCCAGUCAUCUUUGGCAGCUUGUGGUUGUACGCGCUGACUUGAAUGGCCACUUGAAGGCCCUGAAAGACUAUUUUCUUUUAGCAAAAGGAGAUUUCUUCCAGUGCUUUCUUGAGGAGAGUCGCCAAUUGAUGCGUUUGCCUCCUCGCCAGUCUACUGCUGAAGCUGAUCUUAUGGUCCCAUUUCAGCUGGCUGCACUAAAGACUAUCAGUGAGGAAGACAAAUACUAUCCGAGAGUAUCAUUGCGGAUGCCUUCAUUUGGAUUCACGGUCAAAUCCUCCCAAGUAGAUAUUCCAAAGCCAAAAGAUUAUGCAGAUGGAAACUCAAGUUCUGCUUUGUCAAGUGCUUCUUCAGAGAUGUCCCUUGAUGGAUGGGAUGGUAUUGCUCUUGAAUACUCUGUUGAUUGGCCCUUAGAGUUGUUCUUUACCCAAGAAGUGCUCUCAAAGUAUUGCAGGGUCUUCCAAUAUUUGCUGCGGUUGAAGCGAACACAAAUGGAGUUAGAGAAAUCAUGGGCCUCUGUGAUGCAUCAAGAUCACACAGAUUUUGCCAAUCGUCGAAAUGACCGUGUGAAUCGCCCAGUAUCUCAGCAGCGAAGGCAGCGGUUUAGACCAAUGUGGCGUGUUAGAGAACAUAUGGCAUUCUUGAUCAGAAAUCUUCAAUUUUAUAUCCAGGUGGAUGUUAUAGAAUCUCAAUGGAAUGUUUUGCAAGCUCAUAUUCAAGAUUCUCAUGACUUUACUGAACUCGUGGCCUUUCAUCAAGAGUAUUUGUCAGCUUUAAUUUCACAAUCUUUCUUGGAUAUUGGCUCUGUGUCGAGGAUACUGGAUGGCAUAAUGAAACUUUGCUUGCAGUUUUGCUGGAAGAUAGAAAACCAAGAAAAUGGUUCAAAUACAUCUGAACUGGAACAUAUAACAGAGGAAUUUAACAAGAAAUCGAACUCCUUAUACACUAUAUUGCGCAGUAGCAGACUUGCUGGAAGUCAGCGGGCUCCAUUUCUGAGACGUUUUCUUUUGCGUCUAAACUUUAAUUCCUUUUUUGAGGCAACUGCAAGAGGUGUGCUGAAUGUUGUUAGACCACGUCCAGCACUUCCUGCUUUAAAUCAACAAUAGCCUUAAUUCAGUGGCAAGCUUAUUGCUAAUUUCAAGAUUACUGCCAUGUGAGCAAUGAUUAUGAAAUGGCCAACUUCUUUGACAUUUAGGUGGUGCCUCUAAGGAUAUGCAUGUCUGUCAUCAGCUUGAUGAUUUUCUGGUUAUCAAUUAUCAUCACGUGGGGGCUUUUGGUAGCUGGCUUAGUUUAAUGGGCUCUUUUUUAUCAUUUGACUAUCCAGUGAGGGUCCCUUGAAGGUAAGGUGUGGAUUCUGGUAGCGGCUUGAGGCCUUGGGUGUAUUCUUGCGCUGAGCUUGUUGGUCUUUAUGGUAAACUAUCCUUCAGCCAUUUAGGUAGUUUGGCAGGUAGUAUCAUGUGCCUGUAGGCCCAAGGUUGACUCUUUGGUGACCAGACCAGUCCUGGGCAUAUUCAGAUGGUGUUUUUAACUGUUUUGCAGUCCUCUUUGUAGAUGCAAAAAUUAAAUUAUAAAUUAUUUAUUUUCUAAAUACGUGAUUUUUUGUAUAUAUAAAAUUGAUUUUUAGUGGGUUUGUAGCUAUAGAUGUGUGAAUUCAAGGCAGGGUUUGAAGGGGAUUACAGAAUUGCAAGAUAUUGUUCUGUAGUUUUUUUUUC